AGUGUCAGAGGCGGCGGCGGGAGGCGGCGGCAGCCGCAGCUCCGAGGCAGCCGCCGCACCGGCUCCCGGCACCGGCACCGGCUCCCGGCACAGCCUGCCGGGCCCAGGUGCCGAGGGCUCUGCCGGGGCAGUGCGACCCCCCCGCCCCGUCCCGCUGACACCACGCCGCGCCCCCCCCCCCGCCACCCGAUGCCUGGGGACCGCCUGCCCUCGCCUUGACGGGUGGCAGCGGGUGACACGGGGUGGCGCGGGUGCCCCGCCAGCGCACCCCAUGGCGGUCCCCUUGGCCGCCUGGCUCUGGCUGAUGCGCCUGGUCGCCUGCCUGGCCGCCGGGCACGGCACGGCUGGCAAAAAGGAGAUCAGCAUGGACGGGGACCUGGUGAUCGGGGGCCUCUUCCCUGUCCAUGAGAAAGGAGUGGGGAGCGAAGACUGUGGAAAAAUCAAUGAGCACCGGGGCAUCCAGCGCCUGGAGGCCAUGCUCUUCGCCCUGGACGAGAUCAACAAGGACGGGAGCAUCCUGCCGGGGGUGAGGCUGGGCGCCCACAUUCUCGACACGUGCUCCAAGGACACCUAUGCCCUCGAGCAGUCCCUCGACUUUGUCCGCGCCUCCCUCACCAGGGUGGACGGCUCUGAGCACAUCUGCCCCGACGGCUCCUAUGCCGUCCACGACGAUGUGCCCACCGCCAUCACCGGCGUCAUCGGGGGCUCCUACAGUGAUGUUUCCAUCCAGGUGGCCAACCUGCUGCGGCUCUUCCAGAUCCCGCAGAUCAGCUAUGCCUCCACCAGCGCCAAGCUCAGCGACAAGUCCCGCUACGACUACUUCGCCCGCACUGUCCCGCCAGACUUCUACCAAGCCAAAGCCAUGGCAGAGAUCCUCCGCUUUUUCAACUGGACCUACGUCUCCACUGUCGCCUCGGAGGGUGACUACGGGGAGACGGGGAUCGAGGCCUUUGAGCAAGAAGCCCGCAUGCGCAACAUCUGCAUCGCCACCUCGGAGAAGGUGGGGCGCUCCAUGAACAAGAAGACCUACGAUGGGGUGGUCCGGGCUCUGCUGCAGAAGCCCAAUGCCAGAGUGGUCGUGUUGUUCACGCGAAGCGAAGAUGCCCGGGAGCUUCUGGCAGCUGCCCAGCGAGCCAACGUGUCCUUCACGUGGGUGGCCAGUGAUGGGUGGGGAGCCCUGGAGAGCGUGGUGGCUGGGAGCGAAGCGGUGGCAGAGGGAGCCAUCACCAUUGAGCUGGCAGCCUACCCCAUUAAGGAGUUUGCUGCCUAUUUCCUCAAUCUCAACCCCUACAAUAACAGCCGAAAUCCCUGGUUUCGGGAGUUUUGGGAGCAGAAGUUCAAGUGUAGCUUCCACACGCAGGACUGUAGCCGGUACUCCCUCAAGACAGGCAAGUUUGAGCCAGAGUCCAAGAUCACGUUUGUGGUCAAUGCGGUCUAUGCCAUGGCUCACUCUCUCCACAACAUGCACCGGGCGCUGUGCCCCAACUCCACCAGGCUCUGCGAUGCCAUGAAGCCCGUCAAUGGCAAGAGGUUCUACAAGGACUUUAUGCUCAAUGUUAAUUUUGACGCUCCGUUCAGGCCAGCAGACACCAAGAGUGUCGUUCGAUUUGAUCGCUACGGCGAUGGGAUCGGGCGCUACAACAUCUUCAACUAUCACCACGUGGACGGGCGGUAUCGGUACCAGAAGGUGGGCUACUGGGCUGAGGGGCUCAGCCUCAACACCAGCCUCAUCUCGUGGGCUGAGACCUCCAUCCCCGUGUCCCAGUGCAGCGACCCUUGCAAGAAGAAUGAGAUAAAGAGCAUGCAGCCCGGAGACAUAUGCUGCUGGAUCUGCAUCCCCUGCCAGCCUUACGAGUACUUGCUGGAUGAGUUCACCUGCAUGGACUGUGGUCUCGGUUACUGGCCCAACGAGACACUGAAUGGCUGCUACGAGUUGCCCCAAGAGUACAUCCGCUGGAAAGAUGUCUGGGCCAUUGGUCCCGUCACUAUCUCUUGCCUGGGUUUUAUCUCCACCCUCUUUGUUUUCGGAGUCUUCAUGAAGAACAAUGACACCCCCAUCGUGAAGGCCUCUGGCCGGGAGCUCUGUUACAUUCUCCUGACCGGGGUCCUCAUGUGCUACAGCAUGACCUUCAUCUUCAUCGCGAAGCCCUCCACUGAGGUGUGCACGCUGCGGCGUCUGGGGCUGGGAACGUCAUUUGCCGUCUGCUAUUCGGCCCUCUUGACCAAGACAAAUCGCAUCGCCAGGAUCUUCAGUGGGGUGAAAGAGGGGGUCCAGCGCCCCCGGUUCAUAAGCCCCACAUCACAGGUGGUCAUCUGCAUGGCCCUCAUCUCGUGCCAGCUGAUCAUCGUCAUCAUCUGGCUGCUGGUAGAGACCCCCGGCACAGGCAAGGAGACCGAGCCUGACAAGAGGUACAUCGUCACCCUCAAGUGCAACAACCGUGACUCCAACAUGCUCAUUUCGCUCACCUACAAUGUCCUCUUGAUUGUCCUCUGCACGGUCUAUGCCUUCAAGACACGGAAAUGCCCUGAAAACUUCAACGAGGCCAAGUUCAUUGGGUUCACCAUGUAUACAACCUGUAUCAUCUGGCUGGCCUUCCUGCCCAUCUUCUACGUGACCUCCAGUGACUACCGAGUCCAGACCACCACCAUGUGCAUCUCGGUGAGCCUCAGCGGCACCGUGGUCCUCGGCUGCCUCUUCACCCCCAAGCUCCACAUCAUACUCUUCCAGCCACAGAAGAACGUGGCCAGCCACCGUGUCGGCACCGCUCGGUUCAGCGUGGCGGCCGCCAGCUCCAGCCAGUCCCACGGCUCGGCCUCGCAGUACGUGCCCACGGUGUGCAACGGUCGCGAGGUGGUGGACUCCACGACAUCAUCCUUGUGAAGGACGGGGCUGGGAGAGGGGGGGCCAUGGUGCUGCUGCUCCUGCCUGCGGCCACCCCGCAUCCCGGCUCCCUCCCCAGGGAAAGCAGUGCCCACGGCCUGGCCCACUCGGGUGCCUGAGGCAGCUGGGAAGCUCAGCCCCAGCCCCCCCCCCCACCCCCCGCACGAGCUACACAUCCCACGCGUUGGGUCACGGUCUGUGUCACCCUUCCCUUGCACUGAGCCACGUUACACAGCCCCUGUCCCCUGCACUGAGCCAUGGUGAACAUCCCCCCCCCACACACCCUGCACUGAGCCAUGGUGAAAGUCCCCCCCCCCCUUCAACUGAGCCGUGGUGUACAUCCUGCCCCCCCAACACUGAGCCAUGGUGCAUGUGUGUCCCCCCUCCCUCCCCAUCCCUCGCACUGAGCUGUAGUGCAAUGCCUCCAGUCCCUGCACCGAACUGUGGUGCAAGCCCCCCACCUUGUCCCUUGCACUGAGCCCUGGGGCAAAAUCCAGCCCCCCCACACACCCCACCUUCACCCAGCCCUGGUGCACAACCUGACUCCUCCUCACCCACUUCGCUUGCACCGAGCCACGCUGCACCUCCCGCUCCCUCCACGCCGAGCCCUGUGCCCCCACACCCUGCCCUCACCCAUCGCCCACCCUGCUUUCCCAAUGCAGGGCCUUUCCCGACCCCCCCCUCCCCGUGUCACCCUCCCUGCAGCGCUUUGCAGUUUUACCUUUUCCUCCUCAUUUUUGGCGCCAGGAAAGCUGCCGAAUGCUGCCGGGCUGGGCCCAAGCCCCCUCCAUCCCUCCCCGCGCUGGGUGUAGCGCUGCUCACCCCUUUGUGGGAGAUGGGGCAGGAGAGGGGGCAAACACUGGCUGCUCCCCCGGCCCCUGCAGAGCCCAGGGUGGGUCUGGCAGGGGCUGAGGGCAAGUAACAGGACCAGGUAUUUAAGCCC